AGGAGUCACCGAGGAGGAGGAGGAGGAGGUGGAGGAGACGAUUCGGCAAGUGCUGCGCCACCAGUCUAGCCUCGGUGCAGCUAAGCAGCUGGAGCUGGAGAGGUGUGGAAGACUGGAGGAGGCGACGCGACGCAUAGAGAGCUGAUAGCGCAAACCGCGCGUAAGCCGUUUGAGUGCGGAAGGAGAAACGGGCGAACCGAGCGCGCGCGCGAAACAAAGUGCCACCGUUUGCGAUUGCGCGUCGCCGCCGACUCGCCGCCGUCUUUUUGGCGAUUUGUCGUAAUCGAUCGAGGUGGUCCCCGGGCCGAACGAACGACCGGCCGGCCAAUUCAGUCGCUCCUAGACCGAGCAUCGCAGCGGUACACCAGGUGUUUUGUCGUGAACCUCAGAGUAGAGUCCAAACCGUGCAAAAUGAAGACAGCACAGCCACCGUUCGACAUCGUGACGGAUCCACCGACGCCCGAACUACUCGAGGUGGCACGCCAGGAACUCCGCGAAACACCGGAAGUGCGGGAACAGGCGAUCCAACGGUUGCGAACCCUUCUGCACGAAACCACCGAUCUCCACUACGCCGAUGACGAUGACUUUCUGCUGAUCUUUCUGCGCCCGUGCCACUUCUACCCGGAGAGUGCAAUCAAAAUGAUGCGACGAAUUGCGGACUUUAAGAAGAACAACUUCCCGCUAAUGCACAAGCUGCACCCGGAGGACGAGAAGCUGUCCUUCAUCGAUCACAAGAUCGUGAAUGUGUUGACGAACCGGGAUCAGAAGGGAAGGCGGGUACUGAUCGUGAACUGUGGUGCGGUGUGGGACCCGAAGCUCCUCCCGUCUGAUAAGCUGUUCCGGAUGUUCUAUCUGGUGCACCUGGUCGCUCAGCUGGAGCCCGCCACGCAGAUCAAUGGCGUGGUGUUUGUGAUGGACUUUGAGGGACUUUCGCUGAAGCAGGUCCGUGGGCUGUCGCCUUCGUUUUCGAAACUGCUGCUAACGUUCCUGCAGGAGGCGGUACCGCUGCGGAUGAAGGAGUUCCACAUCCUGAAGCAACCGUACAUCUUCAACAUGGUUUGGACGCUUUUUAAACCAUUCAUCGGUGAUAAGCUGAAGAAGAGGCUGUACUUCCACGGCAGUGACAUGAAGAAGCUGCACAAGCACAUCGAUCCGGCCGAUCUACCGAAGAAUUAUGGUGGAACGCGUCCAGCCCUCGACUACGGUUCUCGUGAUUGGUAUCCGUGCAUCGAGAAGUACACUGAGCACGUGCACCGUUGGAAUGGUUACGGCUAUGCAACGGGACCGUGAGAGAAGUGAAAGUCCACCAUCAGAUACUACUUACAGCACGCUUUAGGAUUAGGAAAACCCAGGACGCACACUUGUUGUGGGAGUGUGUGCGCGAUGUAAGCGAAGAGCAAAGUUCGAUGAUUGGCCGAUAGAUUAGCUUCCGAAGUCGUACACGUCGCCAACGACCACGACGACGACGACGACGAUGGUGAUGAUGAUAAGCAAUUGCGCGACAAACACAGCUGACCGAGGGCAGGGCGAUAGCUCCUGUUCGGGGGGGAGCCAGGAGAGUGAGAUAAGCAGAAAGAGGAGCGCACCCUCGCUAGAAGCUCAUCGUUCGCUGGAGACGCUUGAUAGGGCAACAUAAGGAACACAGCAUGGUUUAGUAAUAAGCAAUUUUGUACGCGAGCGCGUGCGCGAAAGGGGUGGGAGCCAAGACAGCCUCCAAUAAAUAACACAAACG